UCGAAGCACGGGCACGGCGGUUAUCGCGGGCCGCGCUCACAGACCGGUCGCUGCCAUAAUCCUGCCGCCAUGGAGCCGCCCUCGCUGCCGCAGCUGGAGUCGCUCAAGUACAGCGAGCUACAGCAGGUGGCCAAGGCCGCCGGCCUCCGGGCCAAUCUGAAGGCAGACAAAUUGCUGAAAGCUCUGAAGCAACACUUUCAUGAGCCAAAACAAGAAAAUGGAAGUAAGGACUUUGGAAGGAGCGCAUCCUCCUCCACAGACACAGAGCAACUCAGCAGUCCAGAGCAGGUCAAACCUAUUCCAGUGUCCUUUGUCACAAAAAGGCGUGGGAAAGGGAGGAAGGUAGCAACUGGAAAGAUGGCCUCCAAGGAGGAAAUUAAUAUUAAUGAAGAAGAUAUGGCGCUUCCUGUUGAGAAAGAGAAUUAUUCAGAAAUGACAGAAAAAGUACCCCGGGAUGGAGACAGCAAGACGACAAAGACAAGCAAAAAACACCAAACCGAGGAACCUGUAGCUAAGAACAAAGCUCCUGUGAACCCAGCAAUGCAUCCCAUGCAGAGCCAGCAAAGGGAGAAGAUGGUUUCUGCUAAACGAAAUGGAGCUGAAAAUGACACUCUUCCAGCCCAUCCUCUAGCUGGGAAGAUCCCUCGAUAUGUAGACCGUCUGUCUAAAACCGGAAAAACAGGAGUGAAACCCAUUACACCAAAUUUCAAGAAGCUGCAUGAGGCUCACUUCGAGAAAAUGGAGUCUAUUGAUGCCUACAUUGAGAGAAAAAAUAAACUGAUUGAAAACUUCAGCAAUUCUAUCAAUGAGGUCAAGAUGUUGGCUAAAAAAGCUAACCCCCCAAAGGCAUGUGAGAAAGGAACUCCACACAGCAAUUCUAAGAAACGCUCCGGCGGCAGAGUGUUUUUAUUCAGCCCACAUCCCCAAAGAGGAAGGUUCUCUACCAGUUGUACUCCAGGCAACCUGCGGCGCUCCCCACGCAUCUCUGUAGGCACCGGAAAUCUGAGUAUUUUAUCUCAGAAAUCUUUAUUCAAUCCCUCCAUUCUCUCAACAACCAAAAUGAAUGUCAGAUUCUCAGAAGCUACAAAAGAUAAUGAACACAAGCGCUCCCUUACCAAGACUCCAUCUAGAAAGUCACCAUUCUUGGAGAUUUGCACACCUGAUAGCCAGAAAAGUGGCAAACCCACAAUUAGAAAGAGCACUAAUGGAAAUGCAACAAACCAUGAGCUGACUGCAUCAAAGACCAACCCUAAUGCUGUUACACCAUUCAAGUUUGCAGCUCAGACUGCAGAACCCACAAGUACCAAGAAGCCAACAUUUGAUCUGAAAGCAAGUCUGUCAAGGCCACUUGGAUAUCAGCCACACAAAGGAAGACUGAAACCUUGGGGUGACUCAAAAGAAAACACUGUCCUGAAUAAAUCUAUGAAUAGCAGUGUCUCUUCACACACACAAGAUUACAAACAGCCACGUCUCCAGACCAGAGAAGGGAGGCGUGAGAAGCAUUUGCUGGAGAGAAAGCAGAAAAAGGCUCAUCUGCUUGGAACCCGCAGAGGACUAUCCAUGGCUUAGGAGGAAUUUAGUGACUUCUUAAGGCCUCACUGUAAAUACUGUUCUCAGGAAAAAUCUUUCCUACCUUUGUAAAUAUUUCUGUUUAUAUGUUUGCAUUAAAGGAUGAGUCAGGUCACCUGAGUUGACUGGAUGUUACUAGCCAUGUAGGGCAGGCUUUCUUAGUGCUGUUGAGCUUAACAUUCUUAGUGAUUUUACAAGUUGGAUAAAAUAUUGAAACUUUAAAUCUUUUAAUAUGUUUUAAGUAGAGCCCAGAGUAUCUCAAAUUACUUGGAGCCAUUCAUCCAGUUAGGUUUUAGAUUGGCUGGAUAUUCUUGGUUGUAAAUUUUGAACAAAAGCUUCCUCUUAAGUCAGCAGAGUCCAUAAAACUAUUAGACUGAAGAGAUACUAAGGGAGGAGGGGAGGGAAAAGAGGAAACGUUAAAGGGAUAAUCAUGAAGCCUAUUCACACUGAGUCACUUAUCAGUUGGGCAUAUUUCUCUAGAGAUUCUAAAUAACUUUGAAAUAUGUUCCAUUAUCAAGAAAUUUAAGACACUGGGAGACUCGCUGACAAGUAAGGUAUGUGUAGCAGCAAUUAGAGCAGUUUCCUAUAUUUAAGUCCUUUGUGAAGUAAACAACAAUCUCUAGGAGAGGGAAAACCAUAUUAUAAGGGCUUUCUGGAGAACUAAAAGCCCUAAAUAAUGGUACUCUUUUAGAAUGAAAUAGGAAAAAAAAUAAGUAGAAGUUAAUACAAACCUUGGUAGGUUGCUAAUCCAAUAUGUGAAGAGCAAGUCAUUAGUUUUUUGUCCCUCUCCACAUUUAUUACAGGAUAAAAUUUGGCAUAAUAGAACAAUUGUUGUCUAGCCUGAAGCAUUUACAAGAUACUCUAUUAGUAAACCAAAUUCUUUUGAAGUAUGAUAUACUUAGAGUAGAUUUAGAAAGCCUGUAGCAGCAAUAUCAGCAAUUUCCCAAAGGUAAUCUGUAAAGAAAAUCAUCUUGAUUUUUAUCAUUAAACAUCAUGGAAUAGACUGGAAGCGCAGGGGAAGGUGUGGGGGAGGAGGCACUCUAGUUGCUAUUUCGUUACAGCUCUUUGGACUUAUGAGCAAAUAUUUACAAAGUAAUAGGCUCACUUUUGUGUUUAGGUUUAACCUUUCCUGUGAUAUUUGCUGAAACAUUAGAUUCAGAAAUAGAAAAGCUUUUUACAUAAAAUUUUAUACUGUUUAAUUGGGGAAAAUAAAUGUUUUUUUGUAUUUAA